UAAAAUCUGAUAUGUUUAUAUAUUAACCUAACAUUGUGUAUAUGUAUCACGUGGUUCUUAACCUCAUGUGUAAUUUAAAAGAUGUAAUAACAACUCGAAUUUGAUAAACAAUUUGUUUAACUUUUUAUAUGAUAAUAUACCUCUGUUUUAUGCAUAAGAAUUUGUUUAUUUAGUUCUUAAUUAAAAGACACAAUGAAGCGUUUGACUGAAGAACAAACAAAGCUUGUCUUGGAAAAAUUAACAAAAUAUAUUGGGGGAAAUGUGAAAUUGUUGAUUGACCGUCCAGAUGGAAUUUAUUGUUUUCGCUUAAGAAAAGACAGGGUAUAUUAUGUUUCUGAGAAGAUUCUGCCAUUGGCAAGUAUGGUAAAUCCAGAUCAUCUAAUAAGCUUUGGAACAUGUUUUGGAAAAUUUACAAAAUCAGGAAAAUUCAGAUUGCAUAUUACGGCAUUGUAUCAUCUAGCACCAUAUGCACAAUUUAAAAUAUGGCUGAAGCCAUCUGCUGAACAGCAGUUUCUAUAUGGGCAUCAUGUUUCUAAAGGUGGCUUAAGUAGAAUUACAGAAAAUACACCUCAGUAUCAAGGAGUAGUUAUAUUUUCUACAAACAACAUACCACUGGGUUUUGGUGUCACAGCAAAAAGUACAAUGGAUUGUAAAUAUGCAGAUCCAACAGCAACAGUGUGUUUUCAUCAAGCUGACAUAGGAGAAUAUAUUCGGUCAGAAGACUCCUUAAUUUAAUAAACUUAUGAAGACACCUUUAAUGUAUUUUAACAAAAAAUAUCAUUAAUAAAUUAUUAUUACUUUG